AUGGGUAAUUUGCCUCAAGAACGUCUCGACCCUGGUUAUCCAUUUAUACGGUGCGGCGUGGAUUAUGCGGGGCCGGUGUUCACGUUGAACCGUAAGGGUAGAGGAGCAAGGGUUCAAAAAUCCUACAUUUGUUUAUUUAUAUGCUUCGUUACGCGUGCUGUCCAUCUGGAACUUGUAAGCGGUCUCACAUCCGAUGCUUACAUGUUGGCUCUCAAGCGGUUUAUCUCGCGGCGUGGUAAACCGAUUGAGAUCUUUUCUGACAAUGGCAAGAACUUUGUAGGUUUAAUGAACGAAUUUUCAAAAUUCUUAAAUGAUUGUUCUGAUGAUAUUAAAGAAUACGCAACUUCGCAGACUAUUAAAUUUAAAAUGAUUCCAUUUUAUGCUAGCCACUUUGGAGGCUUAUGGGAAGCUGGCGUUAAGAGUUGUAAGCAUCACCUCCGUCGUGUAGUUGGCAAUGCACAUCUCACGUUUGAAGAGUACACUACGGUUUUAACGCAAAUUGAAGCUAUUUUAAACUCACGUCCUCUGACUCCCAUGUCCACCGAUCCUCUUGACCUUCUCCCCCUUACUCCUGCUCAUUUUUUGGUUGGCCGUCCACUGACUGCGCCUGUGCCUGCCGACGUCCACGAUGUUCCUGAACACCGACUCACCCGAUAUCAGAGGGUUGAGCAAAUACGGCAGCACUUUUGGAGGCGUUGGUCUAAAGAAUAUGUGUCAGAGCUGCAGACCAGGAGCAAGUGGCAGGAACAUAAAAAUGACCUAAAAGAGAACACGCUUGUCCUUCUUAAGGAUGACAAUCUGCCACCGUUGAAGUGGAGCUUAGGAAGAAUACUGAAAACCUACCCUGGGAAGGACGGUAUAUCUCGUGUUGCCGAUAUACGCAAACUAGACGGCGUAGUAAGGCGGGCAUUUUCCAAGAUCUGCCCGCUUCCUCUAACCGACAAUUAA